AUGGGACCAAGAUGUUAUGAGUGGGGAGGUGAUAACUGUGGAUGUUUCCGUUGGUGCAUUAACACCACUGUGAACAAGGCUACGGCGAAAGCCCUUAAGUGUGAUGUAGACGCAGCAUUCAAUGGGCAGCACGAGUUGGAGAUCGCCACGGAAUGGAGCGCUGCUAGCCUUUACGUUAUACCGAGGAUCGCUACGACGAACUCGUACGAGUGCUUCAUGUGCCCUGUCGGAGAUGUCGCCUUUGCUUCGCCUUCUGGCAUCAGGUGCUGGCUCGUGCGCUCGGGAAAUACCUCCGCGGGUGCGGCAGCGUACCCGCAUAUUCAGAGCACCAAUUCAGCUGCUGGUUCGGAAGGGGCUCCCAUCGAUCUCUGCAGGACAUCGAUGACGAUUAGUGCCGCGAUAGCGACAGUGAUGAAGCAGCCGGCACAACCAGUGGUCAAAUUGACCUUCGUGGUGACAACGACAUUGAAGCCGAUGUUGCUGGGGAUCGCGUUGCUGCUGUUUGCUGGGGACCCGGUUGAUGGUGUGGUUGUACCUAUGCCUCCGAUCAACCGUGCACUAAGCACGCUAGAUUGCUCACCACAUAAGCACCGUCGCAGUGAUGGCGGUGAAGUUAAAAGUGGAAGCGCUGGCACUUGGAGAGCGUGGGGCUGGGAGUGGAACUCUGAUAUUGAAGGGGGAGGGGGUUGUGGAACUGGAAGUGGAGGCCGUGAAGCCGGAAGCGCAGGCCUCGUCACUGGAACCGAAGAUCGCCAAGCCGACCCAGGAAGUAGAGUUUACGUCGGUCGCGGCGCCGUUCGUUACGGCAACACAGCCAUGUCGCACGGCCAGUGGCGAAAAGCGGGGAGGCGGCCCAGUGGCGAAGUGGUGAUUAGUCUCUCUGGAGGCGGUAGUCAUGGUGGUGGCAACGGCGCCUCUGUCGGUGCUGUUGUUGGCGAGGUUGUUGGAGAUCGUGGCACUCCGAGGAAGGCGGUGGGGUUCAGGGUGGUGACCGCGAUGGCUCUGUUGAUCCUGCUGCCGGCGCUGGUGUUGCGCCUGGUGGACCUGGACCUGGAGGCACCUCCGGAGAAGGAGGUGGUGUCCAGGGCGGCGAUCUCAAUGCUAGGGGUUGAAGAGGAAGCCGAGGUCACACCCCAGGACCAAAAAGUACCCAGCGUUCGCAAAUAA